UGUAUACUAAACGGGGUGAAACGCAAGUGUCUGGAUGACGAAUUUUUUGGAUUUUGGGGUUUAUUAUUUUUUAUUAUUUAUUCGGGAGUGAGGAUAAUUACUUAUCUAUAAUUUAGGAGUCGAAGUUGUAUUUAUUCUCAAACAUUCGUAUUAAAAAUUAAAGGUAGUUUCAGAGCACUUUUCGUCUAUAGGAUAAUGCGCCACUGGCUUUCGUCUAUACUUGUUCUGUCUUCGGAUCGCCUCUACUCUUUUUCACCCUCUCCUGUGUUCUUUGCCUCUUUCCUCUUGGUUCCCUUUCUCUCCGCCAUUGGGUCUUGCAUACUCUCUUUCCGAUGGGUAAGCAGCCAGGCAGGCAAGCAGGCAAGCACGCCCACACCGACACACACCGAAGAUCGACAGUGAAUUGGUGAAUGCACGCAUCGGACUCUCCUUGCCGACGUUCGUUCUUUCUCAGUGCGUGGCUUACUCGGAUACCGUGAAGUACAUCACUUGUUUCAUAUCAUCUACGUGGCGCGUUGCAGCGAACGCUUCGCUCUCAACUCUUCGGACAAAGACACUCGAAGAACCUAGAAAGAAACUAGACGUAGACGAAUACGUGCCCUUUAAAGUCACAGAAAUCGAACGACGAAUGCUCGUUGGUUCGCCGUCCGCAGCAGUCGUGCCAUCGAAAUCACUUCGCGAGUGCCCCGUCUGUUUUUUUCCGAGCGACCACGUUUAACCAGUGCCAAGAAUAACGGAGCUACCAAAUGCAUAAUGGAACCCAAACUAAAGUUACAAGAAUCCCAGUAAUUCGGUGACACCUUAAACCCCCCUCUCGAUCCUAAUCUCUGUAAACAGAAAGGUGCGAUCGUUCUCAACGAUUUUCAAUCGGAGAUCCGUUGAAAGUGGAUUCGAAGAUCGAUGGAUCGCGAGUAUCCCCUUGCGGAUAGAAAUUCCUUCGCUUUCAUGUGGAAUCGAACAAUUUUAUUGGCGAAACGCCUUGCACCGGUGUUUUUGUGCUCUCGAAGAAAUUGUCCAAAGAAAUGAGAUCCUCCUUUGCCUGGAAGCCUGAAUCUCGCGCGAUCGGCUCUACUGGAAGCGUGGGCGUCUUGAAUUUUGGAAAUCGUUUUUGAAAAGAAGGAACGAAGACAGUGGCCAGCGCAAAAUGACGUCGAACGAGGAUGGCGACCUGAUCGACCUCGGGAACGACGUGUGCGUGCCACGGGUGCCGGUUCCAGAAUCGUUGCCCGAGGAACAGGAACACCUCCUCGACGUGUGCCCGCCGAAAUUGGAGGAAACGCUCUCGUUGACCAGAAAACAGGAGCAAGUGCAGAGCGUGAGCGACAACGGGGACGUAUUGGUCACGCUGGGUCACGACCAGGUGGUGCCGAUACGCAAGAGGAUCGACGUUGUUUCCUCCGACACGAUAAAAAGGGUGCGCGACAUUACCAGGAACUUGGAACCAGUUAUAAGGAAGACUUGUUCCGAUAUUAACGAGGAGCACCAGGACACGGUCGACCACGGGAGUACGUCGAAUCGCGAGAAGCACGAGGACGAGACGUUCGAGGCCCAGGAGAUCAACAACGCCUUCAAUUUCCUCACGGAGCACGACGACACGGAGGACCAGGCGGAGACGAGUCGCGACGAGCUCGAGGAUUUCCAUGCGUCGGUGCUGUUGACGCGGCCUGAAAAGGAGGAUUUGCUGAGCUUUCAUCGGGGAUCUUCGAGGUCCUUGAACUGGAUGUCCCCUGGUAGCUAUUUCGUUAAGGACGAUGGCGAUCUGGAUAAUCCUGCUUUCGAAUUGUCUCCCAGUUCGAACAAGCUCUGCGAAAAUAUCUCGAGGAAGAUUAGAUCCGUGUCCGUUGGUAACGAGCUCGAGGCAGGUAGUCAGGCUAUUGUGAAGAAACGCUGCCUAAAAGAGGAUGCAUUUGGCAGAACGGUCGAGAGGUCAUCGUUUCAACGCAUGCAUCGUAAAUCAUGGACGGAGGGAACCAAUAGUCUUAAGACUAGAUCGAGGGACGUUUUUUCGCGAACCGAUAGGUCGACUAGUUUGGGAGAUUACAGCUGCGAGCCGUCGACAUCCGAUAUUCACCGACAGUCCAGCUUUAUUUCGAGUUUUUCACGGGAGGAGGGCCUGGAUACGGGUCCCGAGGACGGAUGUUCGGAGUGCUCGGAAGUAGAUUGGUCGUGGCUAGAGGAAGUGGAGUGCCCGCGGCCCACGGACUCGUCGUUAGCACCCGUUGCGGUUGACGAGGUUCAGGAGAACAGUGAACCGCACCGUGGGGGGAGCGCAUCCCCCACCAGCGAUAAUGGAAGGCGCAAGCGCGGCUGCGAGCAUCGUGCUACCGAUGCGGGCUGCAGUGCCGCGAUGUCCGUCUCCGGGACGGCAAAGUCCUUGGUGGUCGAUGGCUCGCGAUGGUCGACCUCCGACCCGUUGUCCGAUCUCGAUCAGGUCACCGAUCGCGAUGACACGGCGCGUUGCAACGCGGGCAACGAGGCAGUCGCUCGCGAGACGCGCGACAACGCGACCACCGUGGUGAAUUCGUGGGUACGCGCAUCCAUGAGACGUUUGCGCCACUUGAGACUACCGGAAGGCACCGAAAGACAACGCAGCGCCGACCCAAACACUCGUCGAGGAGCGGUGGUGUCCGCGCCGAACUCUUUGCCCGACAUAGCGCUGAUAGCGCCAGAGAUAUUGGCGGCGCAGACGAACGGCACUUCCGGUACCCUCCUGAGGCCAUCCAGCGCCCCCGCGAGGAACGCGAAUAGUUCGACCGUUGUGUCACCGCGAAGGGGUGGCAGACAGGCCAGGGGAAGUCGAUCGCAGGCCACGCGUAGUCGCGAGGUGUCCUCCAGGCAAAGCAGCGUUCUUUCCACGACCACGGGCAGCGACAUCACCUCAGGAACGACGACGUGCUCCAGCUCUUUCGGCGGUGCUUCCACGAGUCCACCUUCCAGCACGGUGACCAGUCCGCAGCGCAUCGCUUCCAGACGGAUAUGCGAAAGGCAAAGAGACGUCGACAGGGACGAGGACAGAGGAGAGGACGACGACGAAGAUGCGAAUCCAUUGGGGAAGUGGCCGCACGCUCUUAGUCCUGCGUUGGCGUGCCUAAGCUGCACCCUUGGUCUCUUUAAUAUAAGUAGAUUCUCUAUCCUUAGUAUACAAUUUGGAGCAAAUUUCAUUGUACAGUUCCUGAUUUUGUCUCUGGUAUUGGGCAUUCCACUUCUGACGUUGCACGUGUGCCUCGGCCAGAGACUAGCGGCUGGAUCCGUGGAUAUGUGGAGGAUCUCGCCUCUCUUUCAGGGCGUCGGUAUAGCUCUGUUGACGGCGCAAGCGUUUAUCGGUAUCUACAGUAUAGUCGGCGUGUCAUGGAUGUUCGUGUACUUCAGGGAUUCGUUCAUAACGAAGCAGGACAAGUACCGCUGGGCAGAGCCGUUCUCGUUGUACAGGGAGGACAAGCCACCGCAGAACACCAGCACCCUGAACAAGUUGUACGAGACUGUGCCCGAUUACUUCAGCGGGGUCGUGCUGCAAAGACAUCACCUGAACGAAUCGGACACUGGCGUUGUUACGUUAAAAUUUCAAGUGGCCUUUAACUUGGCCGUCGUGUGGAUGAUCGUGUUCGUUUCGUUGAGCAAAGGCUUGAGAUCUUACGGGAAAGUGGUGUACGUUUUCACGCUGGUGCCUGUGUUUGGCACGUUGGUUCUCUGCACGAAAUUACUCGGUCUCACGCCACCGGGCUCCAUACAUCAAAUUUUCCCUGCCACCGUCGGUACCGAGUUCUUCAUAAAUGGGAAAUCGUGGGUGGCGGCGUCCAUCGAGGUGUUCCUCACCUGGGGACUGCUCGGCGCUGCCGCUAUGCAGAUAGCAGCACACAACAAGCACAAGCAUCUCCUGCAACGGGACACGAGCCUCGUGAUAGUGUUAACGAUAAUCGUUCUACUACUCGCGGCAUUACUGGCGAAUACUUGCGUGCAGAUUCUCAAGCAUCACGGGUAUAUUUACAAUCCGAGUUCGUUCGAGAGAAUAUCGUCGUACGCGUUCAUGAGGCACGUGAACCAGCCAGCUCCGCCGGGAUAUAGUAGCACACCAGAGAGAUUUAUGACCCACGCGUCGUUCAUCGUCGGGGAACGCGUAACUCGACCAGGGGCGGACUCGAGCGUCGAAUCUGGUUAUCAGGUCCUGAGAUUCUCGACGGAAUUGGUCCCUGCGACGCUGGCAUUGCUGGGCACCGAGCAAGUGUCGCCGUUCUGGGCAGUCCUCUUCUACUUUGUGCUCAUUCUCUUCGGGAUAGCUCAACAGCUGGCGAUAUGGCACUGCGUGAUAACUGGGAUUAUGGCUAUCAAUACAAAAAUGAUGAAACUCUGGGAGACCACCAUCACAUUCUUCAGCUGUGCCUGUGCUUACAUACUGGGCCUGCCCAUGGCCACCGAGUUGGGCAUACAUAUCGUGUACUAUAUAGACUAUACAAUCGGUGGUUCGUGGUGGAUAAUGAUCCUCUACUUGGUGCAAGUCGGUGCUGUGUUCGCGGUGCGAGGUCGUCCACAUAGCGGAGAAGCGGUCGUUGCUGAAUUAUUUCCACCGACCGGUCGAUGUCUCAGACACUGGGCUGGUCCACUCUUAUCGUUUACAUGGAACGUCGUGCUACCUGUUAUUCUUAUGGUACUCAGCAUCACGGUAUUCAAGAAUGCUGGGUUUCGAGAACUGUACUCUUAUCGACGCACUACCAGAGAUUACUGGCCGGUAUGGGCGAGACAACUAGGAGCUGCUAUUCAACUAAUACCGAUAUUAAUUAUACCCGCGGUGGCUAUCAUACAAACCUGUCGAUAUUUGAACAACGGCCCACCCGAUAUAUUUGAUACCAAUCAAGUGGCGGUUAACGUAAAUCACUGCGAGCAGUGUAACGGCCGAAUUCAGUUGCUCUACCGACCCUCCCUGGAGCCUGACAAUCCAACCACCACCCAAACUCACAUCGGAACCGAGACCAGCACCAGCAUCCAUGGGAAUGGUAUCGUCCCAACGAGCACGGAAGUGCCUUUCGAGGAUCCUCCACCGAAGUACACGCCACCACCGAGUUAUACCACGGCAACAGGGGCGAGGCUAGCGAAGAUGUUGAGACAAAGUUUCCGUAGAAGCGUGAGAAGGAUAGCAAACGUCCUUGGCGAGAGCAGCGCCCCAAGGCAACGACCAGCGUUGCAGCCACCGCCUCCCGAUUACGCGACCGUCCUCGUGGAGAUGAAUCAGGGCAGACAGACACAGGAUGUAACGAUUACCAUGACCGAGGCAAGGACAGAAAUUCCAGUUUCGAACAGACGAAGCAACGCCAUGGAAAGACACAGGCCUAACACGAUCGACAGAUCAACGAGGAUUGGCGUUGUCGCACAUCCCAUCGAGCGCACCCACUCCACGCUCGAAAGAACUAGACCAAGAACGUGCACCACCGUCUCGUCGAGCAGCUUGAACCUAACCGCGGUCGAUGUAGCGAAUUUACUACGUAGUAGCAUUAGAAGAGGGACCACACGAACCCAACAGUCCCUGCGUAGAAGCUUUUGCCACGACGAGCCGGCGGUCGCGGCCUCCGUCGAGAAUCUAGUCGAGGCUGCUGCGCCUAUCGGCGAGGAAUCCUUGGUCCUUCCUAAGGACGUGUCUCUAGUCUCUGAUGAACAGGCUAACGAUAAUAGCGACGAUAAAAAGACUGCCGUGGAAACGGACAUGUCCGUUUCUGUGAUAUAGACUGUGCCCUUCGCUCGAGUUUUAUCUAAGAGAAAUCCCUCGACGACGGUUGCUCUUGAUGAUAUUCCUACUACGUUGUUGUCCGCAGUGAUUCAUCCGUUUCGUUUAUUCUUCGUUCGUAUCAGAUUAUUUGCCCGCGCUUACCGAGGAAUUUUCGUUUCCGAUCAUCGAUUUCGCUUAAUUCGUGCAAUUGUCGUACCGCGAAAGACGGGACAGAUCGUUGAUUAAUCUUAUCGAUCAACGCCCGAGAAAUUGAUUUAAUCUCUUAGACUGAAUUCAGUAUUUUUUGUUUUGUUUUGUUUUGUUAAUCUUGUCAUGCCUGAUGAUUAAUUGCAUAAUCUCAUCGUGUUCUCUCUAUCGCGACGGAUUGUAUUAGGGUGAACCCGUUUUCCUUCCUUCUUUCUAUUUUUAUUUAGUUUAAAAGAACAUAGAACGAAGGAAGAUAAGACGGAGAUAAGUUUUAGUUCGCCCCUUUGUUUACCUUGCGAUGGAGAAUGAAACGUACAACGAACUUGUUUCACGUUUACGGCUGUAAGCUUCGAUUAUUUCGCGCGUACUCGAGAUCCGUUAAAGUUCAACUAGCUUUGAACCAGUGUAAUUUACGAUUGUUUCUUACUCGAGACUGUGCAGAUGAAAGAUUGAUGUACUAUAUACUGCUGUUAGUCUCCUAGUAGAUUUACCGUAUUACUUGUAUAUAGUAUUUUAAUAAAUUGUUUUAAGAUAAA